AUGUACAGAGUAUCUGAAAUACCAAGAGGUUCUGACCCUGAUUCAUAUUUUUCUUCAAUAUACAAACCUGCCUCUGGUACGUCAAGGACCACCGCUGGUCCCUCAAGUGGGACGAAGAGGAGUUCCCGUGUAAAUUAUAAUUUCCAAUCACUGGAAGCACAAGCUCAUGGAAACACAGUGCCAACCACGCAAGCCGAGGAAAAGGCCUCAAAUAAGCGAUUUGAAGAACUGAAUAGAGAGAAUUACAAUGAACAAGCCAAGAUAGAGAUCCCCAAGAGUGGUCUAGAAGCAUUUACUAAGCAUAGACGAUUGAAGCCAGGCGAAACAGCAUCCACUAAAAGAAUUCUGGCCAGUCGAAAAACAUUGGUGAAUUACGUUGAGGAAGUUGAUCCCCAAUUAAUGAAAAUUUUCAAAGCAACUACAGUUCCCAGUAACAGAAGACAUUUGAAAAAGCUGUGUUCCAUUUGCGGUAACAAUGCUCCCGCUACAUGUGUCAAAUGUGGAGCCAGAUUUUGCAGCGUAAGUUGCGGAAGAACUCAUGAGGAAACGAGAUGUACGUGGUAA